AGCGGAAGGCAAAAGAAGAAACUGUAUCCCAGGCGUUCAAAUGUAAUAUUCUUUUGAAAGGGCAAUUCUUCCCCCUAAGCUGCGUCAUCCUGUGGAGGAAAUAUUCUCAUUUAACCAACUCAAGUCCUAUUUAUUAUUUUUUAAGGAGUUGGUCUCCCCUGGUGACUCAUGAGAGUGAGGAAUUUCUAAGGAAUCUGCUGGCCAGAAAAAAAAAACAUGCUGAGAACAGUGAUGAAUCUUCCUUGAAUUAUCUGCUUACCCAAAGAAAGGCUGAAAAAUGUCACAGCAGCUGGUAAAAGAAGCCUUUCUAAGUAAUCUAAAUGGAACGACAUUACUUGAAAUUUCUGUUGGCUUACCUCUUGCACCAUUAUGUAUUCUCACUAGAGGACUGCUCCUAAUUUUGUACUUUCUCCACAAUGGAAGAUCUUUAUGCUCAAUGUAUGGUAAUUUUUUUCUAGACUUCACUGUUUUAAUCGUCCCGCCAGUACUUUCCUAUACAAUUUUAGCUUCCAUAUUCCCUUUUGUGAUCCUCUCCAUUAUGGCAUUCUGCACAGGCUUGAUUUUUCUCAUUUAUACUAAGCGGACAAAUUAUGCCCAAGUGUCUCUUAAGCAAAUCUUAGAUGAUUUUCUGAGAACCAACUUGGACCCAGAAUACAUUCCUGCCAUAACUUCGCUUCGAGUGUUCAUCAAUUUAUGGACAUCCAUUAAUAUCCUGGCUGUAGACUUCCCACAGUAUCCCCGGAGGUAUGCCAAAACGGAGUCUUAUGGGACAGGAGUGAUGGAUUUGGGAGUUGGAAUAUUUGUUUUUGGAAAUGGUGUGGUUUGUCCAGAAGUUCGGCUGAAGCCUGGUACAAUGCAACACAAAUUCUUUUAUCUCAUAAGGCAGUUGUUGACCGUAUGGCCCCUCCUUCUCCUUGGCUUUGGACGACUAAUGAGUGUUAAAGCAGCUGACUAUUAUGAGCAUGUCACCGAAUAUGGUGUGCACUGGAACUUUUUCUUCACUUUAGCUGCUAUACGAAUGGGUGCAUCACUCCUUCUGACUGUAUUCCCCGUACACAAAGCCUGGAUAGCCUCAGUAAUGUUAGCUGUGGUUUAUGAAUGCUUUCUCGAGAUUACACCUCUGAAGAUGUUUAUUUUGCAUGGAAGCAAUGGGCAAGAUUCAAGGACUGGUUUUCUAAAUGCCAACAGAGAGGGCAUAUUUUCUGUCAUCGGUUACCUUGCUAUCUACAUGGCUAGUGUACAAGUAGGUUUAUAUUUAUUAGGAAAAAGAACAGCAAGAGGGUGGCUUAAAAUAAUCUGCUACUUUUUACUGGGCAUUUUUCUCCUUUUUACAUGUCUCUACUUUGCUCAGGUAUACAUUGACACUGUGUCCCGACGAUUGGCAAACCUUUCUUUUUGCAUAUGGAUUAUUGCUAGUUGCUUGGUCCCCUUUAGUUGCUUUUUAGUGGUUGAUCUUAUUCUCGUAUUCACAAAGCUGAUUGUGGGUGGGGCUGAUAUUCCUAGUAGUUGGAACAUUUUGCACUCAUCACCAUAUAAAAAAUCUGAUUUGGAAUUUCGGCACAGAAAAAACGAAUCUCAGAGUAUGUGCAUGAUCAAUGCUGUGAACAAAAACCAGCUUCUGCACUUUUUGCUAGCCAAUGUUUUAACUGGUCUUGUAAAUAUGCACGUUGAUACAGUGCACAGCAGCACACUCUCUGCCAUGUUAAUUCUACAUUUGUAUAUGUUUACAAACUGUUUAGUUAUGUAUAUGUUACAAGCAAAAAAUAUAAUUUUAAAAUGGUGGUAAUUUACAAAACUGCAGGACAUACAGUAUCUAGGCAGACCCCAAGCAUGAACAUUGACUUGAAGGGACAAAAAUAUUGCCAAUAAAAAUGAUACAAGCUGCAAUGCCUUUAUAAAAUAUAAAGCCUUGGGUCUUUUUGGAUAUACACGCAUAAGGUGGUAUAUUGUUUUUAACUGGGAUAUUUAAUACCCCAUUUCUGACUAUUGGGAAAUGGAAUUAUUUUAAGCAAGAGAAGACUUCUUGUCAAUAAUGUGACACACUUUUAUGACAAUAUGAAAUAUAAAAACCAUUAUCACUG